AUGUUCGUGUCCGACGAAGAGGAAGGUCACACAUUCGCCAAUUGGUACAAGAGAUACGGCCCUGUCAUCGGAGAUUCAGCCUUGUCAAACAACAAAGAGCGCGAUUUGAUCCCCUUGAAGCUGGAUGAGGAUGCAUAUCGCAGGUAUGCUGAUCACAUUCUACCGAAACAACUGCACGAGAUCGACUUCGAGAAGACAGUCGCGCAUCUGGGAAAGCUGCUUGCGUCCGAGAAGACAUUGAUUCGAUUCGACGGUACGAUUGUCGCAAGAUAA